AUGUCUCGCGCCGUCAGCGUGGCGCCCCUCCACGAUCGCAGCAUGGAGGUGGAGCUGGGCACCCCUACAAACGGAAGACUAAGGGGCAGCCUCGCCGGGGUCAUCGGCGCCGGCGCCAGGGUGACAUUGAUGCAAAAGGUCUGGCGCAGCCUUCAGGCCUUCGGGAACAUCGCGUUCGCUUACGGUUUCUCUAUCAUUCUGCUGGAGAUCCAGGAUACGAUAAAGUUACCGCCGCCAUCGGAGGCAACGGUGAUGAAGAAGGCGACGGCAGUGAGCGUGGUGGUGACCACUGUGAUCUACCUGCUGUGCGGGUGCGUGGGGUACGCGGCGUUCGGCAGAACGGCCCCCGACAACAUGCUCACCGGCUUCGGCUUCUACGAGCCCUUCUGGCUGCUGGACGUGGCCAACGCUUUCAUCGGGGCAGUCUCCUUCUGGCCGCUCACAGUGUACUUCCCCGUGGAGAUGUACAUCGCGCAGCGCAGGGUGCCACGGGGGACCAUGCGGUGGCUGCUCCUACAUGCGCGCAGCGCCGGGUGCCUCGUCGUGUCGAUCGCUGCCGCGGCUGGGUCAGUCGCCGGCGUCGUGGAAGAGCUCAAGGCGCACAGCCCGUUCUGCUGGUCCUGCUGA